AUGCUGCUAUCGCUGCUCGGCGCUCCCUGGCUUGCGCCCGGCCCCUCCUCGGCGCGGCUCGCUUCGCCGGCAGCCAUGCAGCUCCAGGGCGGCUCGCUGCGCACCUGGCACUCUCCCGACCCGUGGGCGGAGGAGGGCGGCUUCUUUCUCGGCACGGAAGGACGGCCGAUGGACGCAAAUGUCGAGCUCUGGUCGGGGCCGGACAACACGGCAUUUCGCAUGCGCGUGUAUGGCGAGAACGGCAACCUCCGCCCCGUUCGCGGCACAGUGGGGAUGCGGGGGCGGCACCCGAGGUCCAACGCGAUUGCCGUUCGCAAUGCCGGCCCACUCGAGUUUCCAAUGUCGGACGUCGGCGUCUUUGGAGGCGGGGCGGAGCAGCCGUCGAUCGAGUGCCUCGAGUCCGCCUCGACCGUGCAGGGCGGCUCUCUGAGGACGUACCCUGUCGGCCCUUACGUUGAUGCCGUGCAGGUCCUGCUCCGGAGCGACGGCCUUCCCGUCAAUGCGACCAUCGAGAUCGUGCAGGGCCCAAACACCAACCGGCAGGGCAUCGAGCUGUACACGGACGACGGGCGCGAGCGGCCCAUCUUUUACAUUCUCGAGACGCCCGGCUAUGGCAGCGUGGUCGAGGUGCGCAACACUGGCCCGCUGGAGUUCCCGAUCGCCGCCUCGGUCGUGCCGCACUCGGUCGGCAUGGCUGACGAAAGCUUCGGCGGAGGAGGAUACGGCCGAGGAGGCUACGGCGGCGGCGGUGGCGGCGGCUACGGCGGCGGCGGCGGCGGCGGCGGCGGCGGCCGCUACGGGGGAGGCCUGGGCGGGAUGCGCCCGAUGGGUGGCAUGGGCGGCGGCAUGACGAUGGGCGGCAUGAUGGGGAUGGGCCAGAUGGGCGGCGGCAUGGGAGGCAUGCCCCCCCCGCGCAACCGGGCCGAGGCGAGGAUGCAGGCCCGCGCAUUUGGGAUGGGCGGGGGAGAAGGGAGGGGAGGGGCGGGCUUCGGACCGGGCGGCAGAGGUGGGCCCCGCGGUAACUGGCAAGGUGGAGGCAUUCCGUUCCGUCCGCCGCCUCCGUACUAGCUGGUGCGGCUGUCGUGGGAGUGGGUUUUUGUGCGGUGUGCGCAGAGUGCCGUU